GCUUGUUCACUGAAGUGACGUCAUCUCAGCCAUGUCGCCAGUUGAACAGGACAGACUUGAUCAGUCGAGACGACUAUCACAUCGAUGUCGACCUUCAGUAAACCGAAGCAAAAUGAAUAGCUUUCGCAGCGACACCCGCACGGCUGAGCUCGGGCUGGCUGCUGUUCCACCCGGCCGGCAUUCCCUGGCGCUUUUAAAGCCCUCGAAUCGCACUCUCGGCGGAGAAGGAGAGGUUUUGCUCGAUUGUUUUGGCCUGAGUAAUGGCGCCGCUCCCCCCACCAUGGCUCCUUGUCUCCCUUCUCUCUUAGACUGGGAGAGUUGUGGCUACCAGCAGGAGCUAAAGCGUUCGGGGCCGUUCUCAGCAGCUUCUGCUACCCAGUUGCCCGAACCAGCUCCGGAGACGGAGAGCACAGCUUUGAGCUCUGCGAGGCAUUGUCUCUGUAUGAAGAAAGAUUGUGUCUAUGGCCUCAGACCUAGAAGCCACAGAAGAUGGCUAUUCGACAGACCUUGCAAAGCCUUUAUAUCUUCAGUACUUGGAACGCGCUCUGCGGCUGGACCAGUUUCUUCGCCAGACGUCAGUUAUAUUCAACAGAAACAUUUCCAGUGACGAUAGUGAAGAUGGUUUGGAUGAAGCCUCACAUCUUACAGAAUCUGAGGAUCAUUCUAUGCAGGUGAAAGAAGAACCUGUAUCGCCCCUGCUUGGAGAUAUAUCUGGGGUUUUUCCAGUUAACUCUCACAAUGGAGUCCUCUUACCAGAGCUCAGUUCAGAGCGAGGAAGUCUGUACAACUUUUCAAAAGUGAAGAAAAACCGAAAGUGGCUGAAAAACAUUCUCCUAAAUGAGGACUCCAGUGACUCGGAUUCUCUAAGUGAUGAGGAUGAUGAGUGUUCUCUUUCUAAAGAUGAGCUUUACGACAUGCUCCGGAUGCACAAAUACAAAAAGCUUCACCAGAAUAAAUAUCACAAGGAUAAGGAGCUUCAACAGUACCAUUUUUACAGUGCAGGUCUUCUCUCUACGUACGAUCAAUUUCAUGAACAGCGUCAUCUUAAUGGGCCAAGAAAGAGAAAAAUUAAAGAUGAAAAGAAAUUUAGAGCCAAGUUAAAAAAGCUGAAGAAGAAAAGGAGACAUGAAGAGGAUUUGUCCGACGAGGACUUGCCACAUCGACAUCACCAUGCUAAAGUGUUUGCAAAGUUCUCCCAAGAUGCCCCGACUCCAGUUGCCAAGAAGAAGCAUAUGACGAUUGAGCAGCUGAAUGCCCGCCGCCGCAAAGUCUGGUUGACCAUUGUGAAGAAAGAGCUGCCAAAGGCCUACAAGCAGAAAGCUUCAGCCCGCAAUUUACUAUUAACAAACAGCAAAAAGCUUGCUCAUCAAUGUAUGCGGGAAGUGCGCAGAGCUGCCAUCCAAGCACAGAAAAAUUGCAAGGAGACCCUUCCACGAGCGCGCAAGCUAACCAAGGAAAUGUCCUUAUAUUGGAAGAAAUAUGAUAAGGUGGAGAAAGAGCAUCGUAAGCGGGCAGAAAAAGAGGCAUUAGAACAAAGGAAACUGGAUGAAGAGAUGAGAGAGGCAAAGAGGCAGCAGAGAAAGUUAAACUUUUUGAUCACUCAAACUGAGCUUUAUGCCCACUUUGUGAGUCGCAAGCGAGACUCGGGGCCAGAUGACAUGCAAGAGGAAAUUUUGCGCAAGCUUGAAGAGCAAAUGGGCGGAGGAGCUUCAUUGAGCUUACCCCAAGAAGAAUAUGACAGUGAUUAUUUCAAGUCCCAAGCUCUGAAAAAUGCUGAAGAGGCUUUUAGGAUCCACCAGGCCCAGAAAAGGUCCUUUGAUGAAGAUGCCAGAGAAAGCAAGUUAGCCGCUUUACGGGUUGCCAAUAAAUCUGAAACUGGCUUUGGAGAGAGUUACAGCCUCGCUAAUCCCUCGAUUAGAGCCGGAGAGGAUAUUCCACAGCCUGCCAUGUUCAGUGGCAAACUCAAAGGGUACCAGCUUAAAGGCAUGAAUUGGCUGGCCAACCUUUAUGAACAGGGUAUUAAUGGCAUCUUAGCUGAUGAAAUGGGCUUGGGAAAAACUGUCCAAAGCAUUGCUCUACUAGCUCAUCUUGCUGAGCGGGAGAAUAUCUGGGGUCCCUUUCUAAUUAUUUCGCCUGCCUCAACACUGAACAACUGGCAUCAAGAGUUUUCCAGAUUUGUACCAAGGUUUAAGGUACUGCCUUACUGGGGCAAUCCCCAUGAAAGAAAAGUAAUAAGGAAAUUUUGGGGUCAGAAAACGCUGUACACACAAGAAGCCCCCUUUCAUGUCGUGAUCACCAGCUACCAGCUUGUAGUGCAAGAUGUGAAAUACUUCCAGCGGGUGAAAUGGCAGUAUAUGGUCCUGGACGAGGCCCAGGCCUUGAAGAGCAGUUCUAGUGUUCGGUGGAAGAUUCUGCUCCAGUUUCAGUGUCGCAAUAGGCUCCUGUUAACUGGCACCCCCAUCCAAAAUACAAUGGCCGAGCUGUGGGCCCUAUUGCAUUUUAUUAUGCCUACAUUGUUCGAUUCUCAUGAUGAAUUUAAUGAGUGGUUUUCAAAGGAUAUCGAAAGCCAUGCAGAGAACAAGUCGGCCAUUGACGAGAAUCAGCUGUCUCGGCUACACAUGAUCCUCAAACCCUUCAUGCUCAGGAGAAUCAAGAAGGAUGUAGAAAAUGAGUUAUCUGACAAGAUUGAAAUCCUUAUGUACUGCAAUCUGACUAGUCGACAGAAAUUGCUGUAUCAAGCCUUGAAGAAUAAAAUAUCCAUUGAUGACCUCCUUCAGUCCUCCAUGGGCACGACCCAACAAGCACAGAACACAACCAGUAGUCUCAUGAACCUUGUUAUGCAAUUCAGAAAGGUGUGCAAUCACUCAGAGCUGUUUGAACGUCAAGAAACCUGGUCUCCCUUUUAUUUAUCACUAAGGCCAUACCAGAUGACAAAAUUUCUGUAUCGACAGGGAAACCUAGAAUUUUUCAAUUACUCACGAAACAGGUGGUUACGCACUCUCCUUUCUCCAUUUGCACCAGAUCACAUUCAGCAAUCACUUUUCCAUCGGAAAAGCUCGGACAAAGAAAGCUGCUUUUCUUUUCUUCGUUUCAUUAAUAUCUCUCCUGCAGAGAUGGGCAAUCUAAUGUGUCAUGGACACCAAGCCAGAUGGCUAGCACUUUUCAUGUCUCUGAAAGAAGCCUACAGGCUCCAACAUUCUCGUUUUUGGCUGCACAAGAAGGUGUCUGUUACAUCCCCCGCAACCCUGGCAAACAAGGACUUUAUCCUUUGGGUUGAUUCCCCACUUGCUUUCCCCAGGAUCCAUACUUCUCCUCUACUGCAGAACAUGGUUUUCACCUGCCCUUGUAAGCCUGUCCAUGGGUUUACAGACCAUUGGAAAACUGGACAAAAUGGUGGUCAAGAACUGGUGCUCCAUCGCAAGGUUACCAAGAUGCUGGCAUUCCUAUGUGUCGCCUCGCCGUUGGUGACUGCACCCCCAAUAGACACCUACUGCAGUGACCGAAGUGCGGAAAACGAACGGCAGAUGAUGAGAAAUGGGGCAAACGAGGUCACAAAGUUGCUUACGUUUGGACCACCCGGACGUCAUGUUGAUCGGCUCCUAAGGGAUUCGCAGUUUUUCCCGGAGAAUCCUUGUGGUCUUCUGGCAAUUCGUCCGUGUCGUGGUUGGUCAUUCAUCAGGAUCCCAGACAAGGAGAGCCUCAUCACUGACAGUGGAAAGCUGUAUGCACUGGACAUGUUACUUACACGUCUAAAGUCACAAGGACACAGGGUCCUAAUUUACUCUCAGAUGACGCGGAUGAUAGAUUUGCUGGAGGAAUAUAUGGUCUACAGAAAACACACCUACAUGCGAUUAGACGGGUCUUCCAAGAUUUCUGAAAGACGGGACAUGGUGGCUGACUUUCAGAGCAGGACGGACAUAUUUGUGUUCCUGUUGAGUACCAGAGCAGGGGGCCUAGGUAUUAAUCUCACUGCGGCUGAUACGGUGAUUUUCUAUGAUAGUGACUGGAACCCAACUGUGGAUCAACAGGCCAUGGACCGAGCUCACCGCCUUGGUCAGACGAAACAGGUCACGGUGUACAGGUUGAUUUGUAAGGGUACCAUAGAAGAACGUAUACUUCAGAGGGCAAAAGAGAAGAGCGAGAUCCAGCGAGUAGUCAUCUCUGGAGGGAAUUUUAAACCAGACACGCUGAAACCAAAAGAAGUAGUCGGCUUGCUUCUGGAUGAUGAGGAAUUGGAAAAGAAAUUACGCCAAAGACAAGAGGAGAAGAGACAGCAAGAAGAGACAAACAAAGUGAAAGAGCGCAGGAGAAAGAGGGAAAAAUAUGCAGAAAAGAAGAAAAAAGAAGAUGACACUGAUGGAAAGAAAAAGAAGGAUGGUAUUAACUUGGUUAUUCCAUUUGUGCCCUCAGCCGAUAACUCCAAUCUAUCGGCAGAUGGAGAUGACUCGUUUAUCAGUGUGGACUCUGCAAUGCCCAGUCCUUUCAGUGAAAUAUCCAUCAGCAGUGAACUCCAUACUGGAUCAAUCGCAUUGGAUGAGAGCAGUAAUGAUAUGUUGGUGAUAGUAGAUGAUCCUUCUUCAGCUCAGCAGUCUAGAGGAACAAACUCCCCCGCAUCCAUCACUGGUUCUGCAUCAGACACACUUAAUGGAAUUUUCAAUCAGGAAACCUCUACUAGUGGGCGAGCAAACCCGAAUCGCCACCGAGCACGCACAAAAACUGGUGGAAGUGGAACGAAGGGGGUGAAAUCUAGAAGUCGGAAGUCUACUGCUGGCAGUGCAGCAGCAAUGGCGGGUGCAAUGGCUGGAGCUGCUGCGGCAUUUGCAGCGUAUGGAUACAAUGUAUCAAAAGGUCUCCAGCCAGCCAGCACCCAUCAAGCUCCUUUGUUACGAACUUACGGAGUUUCAGACUUCAGCCACGUAAACGCUUCCUCCCCAAUUAAUUCACCCUUGAGCAAAGGAAGCAACGCACCUGGUACUUCGAAAAUCAGUAACCCUAUUAGCAUGACGCAGGAUACUUCAGCGCGAAGACACUGUAAAACGACGGGAAACCCAGGGGGUUCGUAAUCUGAAGCUUCUACUUAGCAAGGUCAUAUACAGCCAAAGAUUUACAGAAUAUCCUAAAAAUGGUGUGGCACAACGACAAGAUUCACCCAUGUCUCCGAGCUUGCUCCUUCGGAGCAAACGUUUACAGAUUUUCCUAAAACUGCUAAUAUAGUACUGCCGCCAUAGGUCCGUCAGAAUGCCCCAGCUGUUAAAUUUGCGUACGUAAAAUGCAAUAACCCGCCAUGGGAAACGCAAUUAGCCUUCCUUGGUCCAUAAUCCAUGAUUUUUACAGCAGAGGAUAAGGAGAAAAUGCUUUUCAUCUUCAUAUUUUGUUCCAUUGGGAUCUACCUUAAGGAUGAAAUAAAUGUGCUAGUAGCUUUUUGGAAGUUUGAAUCAUUAAAAUCCAUAAUCUUCUGGAAGGAUGAUUAUUCGGAACAUUCUUCAUCUCGCAGUGCGGCUAUAUGCUUUCCAAUAAAGGACAUAAAACAAUUGCGCAUACAGGAACAUUUUCAGCUGAAUGCCGUUUUCGGCAUGGAGCCAUUGGUGAUGCCUACUACCUCCUUUUAACGUCUACACUCCUAUUCAGAAGUGUAAUGUGAGCGAAAAAUAAUCUGUAGAUCAGUCUAAGUAAGGCCUAUAGUCACCUUGCCACAAAGAAGGGCUUGCAAAAAUGGGGUCACGACCCCCGCGAUUAUUUGCACUCUUACAUUUUGGUCAGUUUUACAGCAUAAUCAUUAGUGUGUAAAUAAUAUAUAGAAUAGCAGGAAACUGAUGCAAAGUUAUUUUUCUUCUCUACUACAAUGUGUUGUCUAUUUUUAUAUCUAAAUUUGUAUAUAUAUAUAUGUAUAAAAUUUGUUUUACUAACUGAAGAUAAAAAAUGAAUAAA